CAGGUUCCUGUCAUCUGGGAUGGACAGUCCCAGUGUAAGAUAAGGCUAAAACUUGAGGCGAUGAAGGGGGGUGCACAGAGUCGAUGGCAGAGCUGAGGAUGGAAGACAGAUAUGAAUCUUCAUCUAGUCUCUGCUGACAUGUACUCUGUUGAGACUCAGAAACAGACAUUGGGAUCCAUUAAAAAAGGCAACAUGAAGGAAGCUGAGAAGCCACGUGCAGAGGAAAAAUUCUGCUGCAUUUCCAAGCUGAAGGUGUUUCUGCUGGCACUAUCACUUGCAUGUGUUGGUAAAACGAUGUCUGGUGCUUACAUGAACAGCAUGUACACACAGAUAGAGAAACAAUUUAAUAUUCCGGCUUCCUUAGUGGGGAUCAUUAAUGGAAGUUUUGAAAUUGGCAACUUGCUGCUGAUGGCAUUUGUGAGUUACUUUGGAGCAAAGCUUCACAGACCCAAAAUAAUUGCUUUGGGCUGCACAGUUCUGUCAUUUGGAUGCCUUUUGAUAUCACUUCCUCAUUUCCUAUUUGGAAGGUAUCGUAUUGAAAGCAGUAUUUCACCACAUGAGAAUUUUUCAGUCAUGCCUCUCUGCCUUGUUAAUCAAAGCUUGUUCUCUUUACCUACAGAGGAACCAUCAACAGAGUGUGAAAAAGAGCCUGGGUCCUUGCUGUGGAUAUUUGUGAUGGUUGGAAACAUAGUACGAGGAAUGGGUGAAACUCCCAUCAUGCCUUUAGGCAUCUCAUAUUUGGAAGAUUUUGCCAAAGCAGAGAAUUCACCUUUCUACCUGGGAUGUCUACAUACAGCAACUGUAAUUGGCCCCUUCCUUGGUUUCUUGUUGGCAUCAUUCUGUGCGGAAGUGUUUGUUGAUCUGGGAUCAGUAGAUGCAGAGGACAUAACUAUAACAGCUACUGAUGCCCGCUGGGUUGGAGCUUGGUGGCUGGGCAUUUUGAUUUGUGCAUCACUGAACCUUCUUGCAGGAAUACCUUUUUGGUUUUUCCCCAAGUCACUUUUGAAGGAAGGAGAAAGCAAUGAACCUGAGCAGAUGAGUAAAAAAAGUGUAGUACUAUUGCAAGAAAAUGGUAAAAAUGAAGCCAAACAGACCAUGUAUGAAAUUGCUAAAGAUUUCAUCCCGUUCCUCAAGGCUCUGUUUCGCAACCCAGUUUAUAUGUUAUUUAUAUGCAUAACUGUGUUACAGUUCAGUGCUUUCAAUGGCAUGGUGUCCUUCAUGCCCAAAUAUUUGGAACAGCAGUUUGGAAAAUCUGCAUCGGAUGCCAUCUUUUUAAUUGGUGUUUACAACUUACCAGUUAUAUGCGUUGGGUAUUUUUUUGGAGGCUUAUUCAUGAAGAAAUUCAAGAUAAAUAUCUCUCAGGCUGCGAACAUAGCAUUUUGGGUAUCUUUACUGGAAUACCUUCUCUACUUUGCUGCCUAUUGGACUAUCUGUGAUACUUCACCAGUUGCUGGCCUAACAGUUUCCUAUGAAGGAAUAGAGCAAGUUUCAUAUGCAGAAAAUACUCUACUUGCUGACUGCAACAGGGAUUGUGAUUGCCCUGUUAAAAUAUGGGACCCUGUUUGUGGGAACAAUGGAAUCACGUAUGUGUCACCUUGUCUUGCUGGAUGUAAGGCCUCAAGAGGAACUGGAAAAAGUGUGGUAUUUGAAAACUGCACCUGUGUUGCAGCCUCAGGGUUUUCAUCUCAAAAUGUCUCUGCGGUUCUGGGCCAGUGUGACGGAGAAGAAAACUGUGACAAGAUGCUUCAUUAUUUUUUAAUAUUGUCAUUAGUCUGCAGCUUCAUUUAUUCCUUAGCAGCCAUGCCUGGGUAUAUGGUUUUAAUAAGGUCUCUAAAGCCUGAAGAAAAGUCAUUUGGAGUAGGUAUCCAUGGACUAGCUUCAAGAGUAUUUGCUGGAAUUCCAUCUCCCAUUUAUUUUGGAGCUUUGAUAGAUACUACUUGCUUGAAGUGGGGUACUGUGACCUGUGGUGGAGAAGGAGCAUGUAGGAUGUAUGACAUUGUCACAUACAGGUGGCUCUAUCUUGGCCUGCCAGCAAUAUUACGUGGAGUGUCCUAUAUCCCAAGUGCACUAAUUCUCCUUAUUUUAAAGAAGAAAGUUAAAUCUGAAAGCCAAAUCUUAUUAAAUGCACCAGUAGAAAUGCAGGAUAAAGUGCAAGAAGAAUUGAAAUAGCAUUUCGAAGCAGGACAUAUUGUGGAAAAACCUUACAGUGUAAAUUUAACUAGUGAACACUUGGACAGAGAUUAAUAGAAUUACACAUACUUGUAUUCUAAUUAUAUUAUAAAACUAUCAGUUCAUAAACAGAAGUUACAGCAAAAAUGUGUUUGAUGCAAAAGAACAAGGAGUAGAAAUAAGAAGACAUAUGAAAUGCUAGGUUCAUAGCAAAGGUCUAUGAAGCAGAAACAUAUGUUUUCCGUCCUGAUUUCAUUAUAUAUAGUAAGAGUUUUGCAAAUUACUCCAAUGAUGGCAGAUUUCAUCCUGGAAUUCUCCAAUGGCUUCUGCCACAGCCUCUCUCAAUGACUGUGGACAGGACUGGUAGCUUCUUUGGGCCUGGCUUUUCCAUAAAUUUUAUUAAUUAUGCUGUUAGUCCUUUCAGGCAGGCACUGUUUGUUAUUCUGCAUAGUGUAGAUGGUCAAUAUAUUGGGAACCUGGUUUAUGACAUGACCUGGGUGCUGUGGUAAUAAUAACAAAAAAGGAUAAAAAUAUUUUUUAAAAAAACUAGGCUUAUGGCAACAUUUUAAGGUUUACAGAGAACAUGGACAAGGAAGAGUUAUCAGGAUUUGUUACUUCAGUUGCAUUUACUCUAGAGAGGAAUAAUUCAUACAUUAAGCAUGAUAGAAUGAUACUUGUGAGUAUUUUGCCCCUCAUAUUGCUGUCUGCUAAAUUCUAUACCUUCUCAUGUCUUUUCAUUAUUUUUUGAAUGGUACAUAACCAUAGUCAUACAUGUGUUCUUCUUGGUCUUUGUCCAAUUUUUAUUUCUCUCAGAUGUGAUGCUACAAUGAAAGUAGUAUCUGUUUGGGGUUCAUUAACAAUGAGCUGUUGCCCUAGGAUGUCUUAAAUAUCUUGGGAAAAGGCCCUGAAUGUCUCAGGAAAAAAAAAAUACAGAAAACCCUACUGAUAAAGGUAUAUGUAACUCUAGGUGUGUCUUUGGUUGAACAUGGUGCAUCCAUGUUUAGCUUCUAGAUUGGAACUGCCUCAUAUUUAGGUCUAUCUGCAGGUGGCCAUGCAAUAACUUCUCAAGCCCUUUUAUUACAGCUGUUAGAAAUAAAAAACCCGAAAACCUCCUGAUUAUUGUUCCCUACUGCAUAUGGCAUGGACGGAGCUUCUGGAACUUUACCACAGACCAAUGCUCCAGCACUUGCAAGUAUUUCCUACCCAUUUAAUCUAUAUGGCACAGAUUCACUCCUAUUUUAUCCAUCUGGGACCUUCUGCAGCCACAGAAAAAUGGGAAGGAUUUAUUCCACAAGUAGCUAUGUUAGUUAAGUUAUAUUCUGUUUUACUUUAAGAUGUCUUGUGAACACCAUAUGUGUAUGUGCCUGGAAUUUCUUCCUGUCCUUGUGGAAUCAAUGACAGAAGGUCAAUUUCUUCCCACAGAGCAGGAAAUCAGCUGUAGAAUUUAGUUUCUUCAAGUACAGGAGGUUUUCACAAGGCUUUGGAAAAGGUAUGUCACAGCUCCUUCCUCCCUUUGCAUGAGAUGAUAGAGCUGAACAGGUAUAAUAUGAGGAAGGGGAACAGAAGAAAAAGCAAACGUGGUGCAGCCUGUAACAGAGCAGAGCAGAAAAUGCAGCUCUUUAUUAAGCCAUGGAUCUUCCAGGAGCUUCGUGAACACUUGAAGCACAGCUGAUUUUCAGCAUUGUUCUUGCUGCCAUGGGGCACUUAAUGAAAGCCAUCAUUCUUCCUUGUGGAUAUUAUAUUCGUCCAAAGCUUGAGUUAAAAGUCUUUUGCAGGCACAGUUUAGUGCCAAGGUAACCUGGGAAACGUGAAAAGUCACAGUGCACCGAAGUUUCACAGCUGUAGGAAACAAAAGGGCUUUGUUAGGUAGGCAAGUCUGUGCAAUUUAAAUGGACCACUGCCUAAGAGUCAGGCCUAGUUAACUCGCUGUCUUUUGAAAGCAGAUAGGAAAGUUUCCAAGUUUUAAGUUUAGCAUCUGAGUGGAUGCAUUAACUCUCUUUUCAGUUGUUCCAGUUCAUCUGCUGGAGAAUGUAGCAGCGAAACAGGCUGCCUUCACCAGAUGCUUUGGAGUCAUUAGCCUUCUACUCGGUCUGUUUGUCAACUGGCUGGGUGAUGGUAGAGAGGUUUCUUGGCAUAAGCCUGUGGUAGGAACGUUACUUCCACAGAGCAAAACCAGGAAAUGAAAGUACAGGUCAUUCCAAAGUAGUUGUCAUAAAACCUUUAUUAUGCGUCUGGUAACAACAGACAUUCCAAGGAUUAGGUCAGGAGGUUAGACAAAUAUUCUUAGAGCUAUUCCUUCAAAUGUAAAGCCAAACUUUAGACUUGAUCCUUCCAAGUUUUGGGCGUGUUGACUUUUGUUUAGCAAAGCAUUUAAGCGUGUGCUUAACUCAAGAAUAAGUGGCCUUAUUGAUGCUUGUUUAAGUAGGUGGCAUCAGACAUUUCAAGGCUGAGCCCAGACUGCCACUGUUGUGACACGUGUUCGAACAGAGGGUACUUGCUGUGGGUUACAGUAAGUACUCAGAUGGUAUUCACUGCGCUUGAAAGUUUGGGCUGAUCUUGGUCUGAUGUUUCAAGCCCCAAGACUUGCAUCAGCACCGUGGGUAACACAAGCCACAAAUGGGCAUAAUGCCAAUAGAAGUAACAGUAAGUACAAAGUUUUUUUUUUUUACAAAACAGGAGCAUAUGAAUAUUGAAGUUGAAUAAGUCCAAUAUCAAAUUAAUAAAAAUGGAUGGUAGGUUUAUUUUCUGAGUGCCUCACAGCAGAGCAGAUGGUUUUCACAGUAAAAUCAGCCACAUUUCUUUGUCACUGAAGUUAUAAAUCAGUAAAGGGCGCCCAUGAGUCAAAUUUUGAUCCUUAAACCUACCAAGUGGAAGGUAGGAAGGUAGGUCUUGGUACCUGGAUAUGGAGGCUGCCAGACACUGAGAAACAAACACUUGAUGGUUUUCUGGCUACGUGACCCAUGCAACCAUCUCGGAGAUAUUUUAAAGGUAAUGGUACACAGACCGUGCACACAUAUAUUUAUCUAGCAUCUUGUACUCAAUGCCUUUUGUAAUCCUGACGUUCUGCUGGGGGGUUUUUGAUCAUGAUCAGGUGGUGAGCUGCCAUUUACAAAGAAAUAACAAGAAAGUCUUCAGUAUCUUACUGAAAAAGGGCAAUAUGUUGUAAAAAGCACAUCUCUCUCUAUAUGUAAGCUAUGUUUUUUUUUCAAUUUACUUUAUUUUCUCUGUAUGAACUUUUAUUUUUAUCAGCUACUUUAUUACCAAGUCUCUCCAAGUAUUUUACAGGUCAUUAUUAAGUUUUAUAUGUAUCCUAAAAAAUUCUGUGUCUGGUAUGAACUUCAUUUUCUCCCUGUCACAUCUAACUUUUAAGAAUUGAAACAUAUUCUUGAUGCACAAUUAAAAUUUUCUGAUUAUGCAUAUU